AUGGGAGUGUGGUGCAAUAUGUAUGGCUACACAUACACAUUGCUAACUACACCUAACUCUGACUUCUCAGCAAGAAGCAAAAACCCAACAGUCUCCCAGACACCGCCAGAGAUCAAAGUAUUGAAAGGGGACACAGCACGAAUAAACUGUUCGUACAGUGGUGGAGAUGAAGAACAGAUGAGGAUAAAAUGGAUGAGAAACUCCAGUGCACAACCAUUGUGUCAACACAUGAAAAAUAAACUUAAUUCUACUUCUAUCAAGUUAUGUACAAAUCAUUCUAACGUUACACUGGAAUUCUCAGGAAGCUCUACAGCUUUACUAAUCUAUAACGUUCAUUUAAAUGACUCUGACAUUUAUUUUUGUCAAUUUUCUAUUGAAAUACCUCCCCCUACACGGAUGGCAAAAGGGGAAGGCACACGGCUGAAAGUGGAGGCACGCCCAACAGUUCAGUUAACAACAGAGCCUCUGCCUUCCCCUAACGAGGGUGUACAGCUCAUCUGCACAUCUCUGGAAUUCUACCCUGGCAGCAUUCAAGUGUCCUGGUUUAGAGAUGGACAGUUAAUCACCAACGGGACAGAGGACGGGCCCCUCUAUUCCAACAGUGACGGCUCAUUCUCCAUCACAAGUUUCCUGAAUCUUUCUCUAUCUGACUGGAAGGAUGUUGGGAAUUAUUACUGUCAGGUGAACCACUCAACACUCUCAGCACCCAUCACGAAACAAACUCACAACAGCAGCCCAGGUCCUGUUGGACGUAAGAUGACAUGGAUAAUCCUGACAUCAUGCAGUCUACUUGUGCUGACGGUUGCAGUAAUUUGUGCUUACUCAAUUUCAAAAAAGAAAGUUCCACCAUCAGUGAAAUCAUCCAGGCCUGAAAGUGAACAAAAUGUGAAGCAGCCAGUGAGACAGCAGUUUAACAAUGAUAAUGCCAUUUACUUGAUGCUUGGCCAGAAUUAUGUGUGUCAAAUGUGAACUGACCAGCUGCUUUACCAAAGGCUGUCUGCGCAAUCGUAUUCUCUGAAUGUGCAAGGUCCCCUGUAACAUUCUUUUAGAAAGAACAACAUUUUUUCUUGCUGUGUGGAGCAAUUUGCCAGUUCAGUGUUGUUCUAGAAAUUCUUCCAGUGUACUUUUACUUCAAUAAUUAUUAUAUGUCAGUCAACGGAUUUAAUGCUGCAAGACUAAGUGAACAGGCACCUGGUGGGAAUCUCACUAUACAGCAACUUUAACACAGAACGAUAUUGUUGACCGCAAACCAAUCAUUCUCUCAUUGUUAAAGUGGAGACCCAUAUAAUUCUCAAGGCAAUACAGACUCAAAGGUCCCAUUCACUUAGACUUUAUCCUCUCAUUUUAUAAUGUUAUUUCACAUGAUCAUAAAAGGGCCAGGAGCAGGGUGGCAGAAUGGCACAGAAAUUGGUGCUGCUGUCACACAACUCCAGGCUUAAUCCUGACCUAGAGUGUUGUCCAUGUGGAGUUUGCACAUUUUCCCUGUCACUUCCUCCCAUAUCCUAAAGACCCAAUCGUUGUUUAAUUGUCCGCUGUAAACACCCCCUUUUGCAGGGGAUGGCAGGAGAAUUUGGAGGGCUGAGUAAUUGAUGGUCAUGUUGGUGAAAAUUAAUUUCAGGAAAGUAACGAGAAUGCUCUG